AUGGCCGCGUUUGUUAGUGAUCAGAUUAUUGCUGGAACUAGAAGCGUGCAGAUAUUGUACUACAACAAUGCGUAUGCGUUGGUGCAGCUUCUAAACGCAUAUCAGAUCGAGUUGAUUGUGCUUUCCAGCUUCCUCCUGCAGGUUGUCCUCCUAUUUCUAGCCGGGUACCGGCGGCGCCAUGACUCCCCCGUUGCGAAGUCGAUCGUCUUGUACUCGUACCUGCUGGCCGACUACGCCGCCACCUACGGCCUCGGCCACCUCUCGGUGAUCACCUCCCGACCACCGCAGCGCCAGCAGCUGGUGGCGUUCUGGGCGCCAUUCCUGUUGCUCCACCUCGGUGGCCCGGACUCCAUCACCGCCUACUCCCUCGAGGACAACAAGCUAUGGCAUCGCAAGCUGCUUGUGGAUUGCAUCCAGCAGGUCCUCGGUGCCGCUUACGUCCUGUACAAAACAUUUCCCGCCAGCAGCGGACCGUUGCUUCCGGCGGCGUGGCUGAUAUUCUCCGUCGGCGUCGCCAAGUACGCGGAGAGGAUAUGGGCGCUCUACAACGGAAACAUCAGCACCAUCCGGAGCGCCGUCGACAAGCAGGACACCGCCGCCGCCGACGAUGGUGGAAAUGAAGGGCAACGGUCGACUCAAGUGCCGACCGUUCCUGGAGAUCGAUCUCCCGAAGAUCUCCUGAUUUUUGCCCACUCCCAAUUUCAGGUCUGCAAGGGUGCCAUGGUUGACUCCUCCGGGGUUAACGACGACACAUCUAAACUUGGGGAGACGAUAUUUUCCGUGAGAUGGAAAUGGGAGGAGAAAUGGACGGUGUUCCAGAUGGAGCUCUCCUUGCUGUACGACAUCAUGUACACCAAGGCUGGCGUCAUGCACACCUGGCAUGGCUACUGCCUCCGUGUGUUUUCGCCGCUGGCCACCACCGCCGCCCUGCUGCUCUUUCAUCUGAGUCGCAGGACAAGUAGUAUGGGUGCCACUGCCACCACCGCCAUGAAUUCUCCUCCCGUGCUCGUGGAUGUCUUCAUCACCUACGCGUUGCUGGUUGGUGCUAUCCUCUUGGACAUAGUGUCGCUGAUGUCGGCGGCCGGAUCGGGCUGGGCAUACGCUUUCUUGGUCGUCGGCAAGCCGAGCGCAGCCAUGUGCAGCGGGAGAUGGCGCCGGCUUCAUCGCUGGCUCGAGUCUCUCCGCGAGCUUGUCAAAGCGGCCGGCAAAAGAAAGUGGUCCGGCGCCAUUGGGCAGUACAACGUAUUGCAGUUCUGUGUCACUACUAGUCACGAGAAGAAGUACUCCAGUACCAGUGUAGAGAUUCCUAAAGAUGUCAUGGAGGUUGUGUUCAACAAGCUGACCGAAGUGAUUCUGAGGCCGGACUGGAAGAGGAAGUCUGAGGCGCAAAAGGACCAGAAGGGUCAUCGUCGACGGAACGUGAAGGAGGUUCGUCACGAAGAUGAGUACAUCACAGUCGUAAUAGGCGACGACGACGACAUCACACUCGUAAUAGACAACGACGACGGCGUUCCUCCUCUCGGGCUGAAGAGAACUGAAUCUGGUACGAGCGAGCUGAUCAUGUCGAAGGACGACAUCACAGUGGAGAUGGAGCCAGAGGAGGAGGAGGAGGUGGAGCCGGAGGUGGAGGAGGACGACAAUAUCAGUUUACAUAUUCCUGAUGACAAAUUCCGAGGAAAUAUUGAGCAGCAGGAGAGCCAAGUGAGGAGUCGAUCAGUAGGACCAACCGGGAGGAAGUCGUCCCCGAUGAACUCGCUUGGGUUGAUCAAGGCAGAAAGGGGUCAGCUCGCACUGGAGAAACUGGUGGCAAAGGAGUACGCAAAGGAUAAACUCAAGCGGUACAUCCGCGACGAGAUUCAGGAGGGCAUCCUUAUCUGGCACAUCGCCACCGACAUCUACCUCCGGACCUCCGAGGAGGCGAAGAAACACGACGAAGACACCGGCAAGCUUGUCGGAGCGAUCAAUCUUCUGUCCAACUACCUGAUGUUCCUCGUCGUGGAACGGCCAUGA